UCCAAUGGACUGGACUGGACUGGAACACGUGUUCCAGUGGACUGGACUAACCCAAGUGACAACCCUGAUCAGGAUCCAUUUUUAGUUAAUAAAAAAACCAUGAUUAAAAGAGGUAUUUUACUAAAAAAAUGA